UCGGCGGCCACGAAGAAGCGGUAUCUCAACACAGGGGUCGGAAAUCGGAUCUGCCGCCGUCAGUGACGACGACGAGUCAAACGCUCACACACCGGCGUAUUUAGAUAGAUGGCGUGCCCCUCCUUGUCCUCCUUCCCCUCUUCCUCCACCUGCACCCCCUCCUCCUCCUCCUCCUCCUCCUCCUCCUCCUCCUCCUCCUCUUUCUCCAUAGCUGCUGCGGUCAUCCUCCUACUAGCCAUUCUGGCUGCUCUGAUUCCAUGCGCGGCCGUUGCUGGAACCUUCGCGGGUUUGGGCCCAAAGGAGUACCAGUCAGGGGAGUCCUCCCAGUCCCAUUGCUCACGUGUCCCAUCUGCAGGUCUCGCAGCACGAAAGGCAUUUACCAGAUCAUUUGACAAGCGCGGGGAGGAGGAGGAGAAGGAGGAGGCGGAGGAGGAGCAGAGGUCGGUGUUCGAGUCCGGUCUCGGCAUUCCUUCGACGGCCCAUGACAACCACCACUCUGACGAGGGCAGGAGGAGGAUACUAGAGGAGGAAGGACCGGUCAGUCGGUUCCCUUGGCUUCUGUUUAACGAAUCGCUGCUCACUCUACACGGCAAUAUAUUGCCCUAUUCCUCAUAUUAUGAAAAGCGUUAUAUCCGGUCUCUCCUCCUCUCGCCCGAUGGAAACACCAUCUUCUUCGCUCAUGACAAGUAUCAGACCGACAGCCGGAUCGGUAAAGCCAUCCGACUGCCUCCUACCGGUAGUAAUCCGUCGGCUUUCCCGCCAUCACGACCUUCUUCACCCUCAUCUGAAUCAUCACCGCUCAGACUGCCUGAGACUCUGUCGUACCACGUGUCAGCAGAUAAUAUAUUGGAGCAGCCUUUCAACCUGACCACGAACAACAAUCGCCGCGUUACAUCCCUGGAGAUUCUGGAAGGGAAUCUUACGCUUCUGUACGGACAUUUUGACUACCCCGGUAUCUUCCAAGUGGGGGUGGAGGAUGGGAGCGGGGAGGAGUUCAUCGAUACCAGUCGAGCGGCUCGGUUCGGCAUGGUCAGGCAUCCGAAGGAGACGACGCUAUUUAUAGGUACACCUGUUUCGAAUGUUCUGUCGAUGCCGCUGUCUCAAGGGGCUUCCGAGGACGAGAUUUCCACUGUGGCCGGCAGUGCUGUCCCCGGGCCGCUUGAUGGCAUCGGUACCAAUGCGCAAUUUGGACCCGAGGGCCCGAGAAUGAACCCUAGAUCGAUAUCCAGGGACGGCUCCGUCUUGUACGUUGCCGACCGGAGUAAUUUCCUCGUCAGGCGGCUGAACACCACCACCAAUGAGGUUCAAACUCUCCGUUUUGCUAACGGAACGCCGGUGGAAAUGUCCUUCGGCCCGUUAUCGACCGUUAUAACGUCGGAUGACUGCAACCUUUUCGCGACGGGCUGGACAAACUACAGCGCCCCGAGGGGCCAUCCCUCCAUGGUAAGAUGGCUGGCCCUCGACUCGCCACAUGGCAAUGUCGCCUGGACGGCAGACGUCGUUGUCUUUGACCACGCCGUCCCAUCUCCACCUCCACCCAGUUUCACAGAAUGGACCGGUGUUAACGAGCCAUCCCGUCUGCUGCUUAGUCACAAUGACACGGAGUUGUACGUCGGCACGGGCAAUGGGGAGAUAUUUCACUUCGCGAUUAAUCGCAACGCUCUGCACAAAUGCGGCCCCUAUGAUCCUGCCGAUCCUCCCGGCUUCCCUCCCCUUCCACCGUACGUUCGGCCUCCCCCGGUGCUGAAUCCCUCCUCCUCCUCCCAAUCACAUGGAGAUUCCAAGCUGAGGUUGGCCGUCGGUUUGAGCGCAACAACUGUCGCUCUCCUAGGGGCUGCCGCAACGCUCCUCCUGUGGUGGAGUGGAAGACUGUGCUUCAGGUCGAAGAGGGGCUCGUCGUUGGCAAGGGGGGGUGAAAAUGGUGCCUCUGCAGAUCACCUGCUGAAGACGCAGCGGGGGGGGUGGCUGCGAGGGCGGUCGAGCGGAUUCCUCGGGCAGCGGAAUACCGUCUGUGCUGGAGGCAAAGGCGACACAACUUCCACCUGUGUUGAUUCCAAAACCUCCUCCUCGACAGGGACGACGUCUUCCUCCUUCUUCUUUGGCGAUCCAUUAGUGUUGACGUCCAUCUCGAGGGAGCUUGACCAGCUGGAUGCGCCUCGGCGGAUUCCCUUCGCGGAACUGCGGGCAGCAACAGAUGGCUUUAGCGAUACGCACAAGGUGGUGGGAGCAAGGGGCGGGUUCGGUGACCUUUUCCGGGCAGCCUUGAGGGUAGGAGGAGGAGGGGGAGGAGGUGAUGGGGGGGGGGGGGAGGUGGUUGACGUCGCACUCAAGGUGAUGAGGGGUAUGCUGAACGAGGUGAAGAGCAAACAGUUCAUCUCCGAAGUGACCACGCUCAGCCGAGCUCGCCACGUCCAUCUGUGCAAGCUUCUGGGCUACUGCGUGGAGGGAAAUGUGGUUGUCCUUGUCUAUCCCUUCAUCUCUGGUGGCAGCUUACAUGAUCGUCUGCACCCCCGUCCUCAGCCCUCUGCCCAGGCCCUGCCCUCUCCCACUACCCCAGGACCACCACCUCCUCCUCCUCCUCCUCCUCCUCCUCCCUUGGAUUGGAGGUCGCGACUGUCGGUUGCACUGCAGAUCGGGACAGCAUUGAGGUAUCUCCACGAGGAGUUGGAUCCCCCACUCUUGCAUCGCGACGUCAAAAGCAGCAACGUCCUUGUCGCCGGCUCUGGAGAGCAGGUGAAGGCUUAUCUGACCGACUUCGGCCUGGCUCGGCUGGGCAAUCCGAGCUCAGGCUUGGAAAGACGUCGAGAAACUGUGCAGACAGAUUUCCGAGCGGGCACCGUCGGAUACAUGGCUCCUGAGUAUGCAAUUGGGCUGAAACUCACCGCCAAGAAUGACGUGUAUGCCUUCGGUGUCAUUCUCCUGGAGAUGGUCACUGGGAAGAGUGCUCUUUUCUGGAACACCAGUAGAGAUCAACUCGAGAACGACGAUCUAGAUAUGUAUGAUGAGGCCCUGAGCGACAGCGACAGCGAAAGCGGAGGAGGUAACCAACCCGUUCUGCUAGUCCAUUGGACCCGGAAGAGGUUCGACAGAGUUGGAAACUGGGACUAUCGGGUGCUUAGCAAGAUGGUGGACCCACAGCUUGUUCAGUCUUUUGAAACCCCUGGAGGGAGCAAUUGGGAGAGGGAGACGCUGUGUGCAGUUGCCAAGCUGGGGCAGGUCUGCACUGACGCAGAUGCAAGUAAGAGGCCCAGGAUGGGUGUUGUUGUGGAGAGGAUCAAAGCAAUCGUACAGGAGGGGGAAAGAAGAUGAGGGAAAGCAAGAAGGGGUGUUGAGCAAGAGGGGGGGGAGGAGGGGGGAGGAGGGGGGAGAAUUGACGUUGAACGAGUAGAGAAUAGAUAGGCUAGGGGGGGUGCGGCGGAGAAACGUCGACACAUUUCGAAGUCUCGGAGUUUCGGCUAGUCGACAUCCUUCUUGUUGAAGUCCAUGUAAUAUACGAUGUAUCACUAGUACUACUAGUAUUAGCGGGGCGGAACCUACUAAGUAAGGGCAGGGCAGAACAAGGGGGGCAGGGGGAGGAGGGGGGGGUGCAUAACUGAAAAAGCCGUGCUUCCUCCUCUUCUUGUUCUCCUUCCUCUGCUCUCCAUGUCCUUAUUCAUGAUCCUUAUCUUAUACUGUCCUUCUCCUGUGCACCUUGCCCAUAUGCUCCUUCUCCUUCCUUCCACCCCCGAAUCUCCUCCUCCUCCUCCUCCUCCUCCUCCACUUCUUCUUCUGCUUCUUCUUCUUCUUCCUCCUCCUCCUCCUCCUCCUCCUCCUCCUUCUUCUUCUUCUUCUUCUUCUUCUUCUUCUUCUUCUUCUUCUUCCCCCCACCCCCUUCUGCUUCUCCUUCUUCUGUCUCUGUAAAAGUGCAGGGCAGGCCAGGGCAGGCAGAGAUAAUUCUGCUUCCUCCUGUUUCUCCUUCUGUUCUCCUUGUGUCCUCCUUAUUCUUAAUGACUAUUGCGUUGUCACCCCUGCUUAUGCUUUCCGUAUUGAAAAGGUGUCGUACAGUAGGUCGAAUUUUGUUCCGCAAGUACGUUUUACCAUAGUUUGGAAUCCUGAUGGACGAACGCAGGUGCACUCGCUUUCGUUCCAACGCCUCUUUUAUACAAUGCACGUUAGUGAAACCUUUGUCACUCAGUUGCAGACAAUGAUGUUCCCGCAAUACCUCGAACAGAAGGGGUGGUGUUAAGUUUUGGCUAUCAUAUAUAUAAUGGCAGCCCAAGGAAUACCAGUGAGGUCGUUGUUGGGCAAAACCACCGAGUAGGGAGGGAACAAGGCUUCGGAGAUCACGAACUGUCAUUCAACAAUAUAGCUGGAGCAGUGGGGCUAAUCUGAUGAGAAUAUAUAUAUGAGUGAUAGUCUACUUUGAUUUUGGUUAAGGUAGAUUAUCAUUUACAGUGUAAUCAGUGAGGGGAUUCUGCAGACUGUUGAGGGUUCAGCCUACUGAUGAGUCGGUGAAACUCCGACGAAACAGUUUGUCACAGCCCCUCGUUUGUUGUCCUCUUCUCUCUCUCUGCCUACGGUUUACCGGGCAGUUCURUUUGUGACGAUAUAUAUAUUGCUUAUUAAUUAAUCGGGUUUGUGUCACUGCCUCUUUUUUUUUUUUUUUUUUGGGACAAAAAGCUCCAUUCAGGCAGGGCGAUGACGAAUUCUCGGGCAACUAAACCGC